AUGGAUAGCGCGAGUGACUCCCAACGCAUCAUUGGGGGCUACAUAGUUUCACCCCACUCUUCCAAGUACCUGGUCUCCCUGAAGAGGAAUACAGGCUACCAUUUCUGUGGUGGAGCCCUCAUCAGUCGGAACUGGGUCCUGACCGCUGCCCACUGCAAAACAGGAAUCCACCAGAUGCUGAUCGUAGCCGGGGAAUAUUCGCUCUCCACGUUUGAAGGCACGGAACAGAUCUUCCGACCUGCCCGCAUGGUGGUCCAUCCAGAAUACAGCGCCACUUCCAAAAAUGCAGACAUCAUGCUUAUCAAGCUGAACCGGCCAGUGGCCUACAGCCCCUUUGUCUCCAUCGUGCCCCUUCCCCAGCAAGGAGCCACGGUCCGGGACGGACGUUUCUGCCAAGUCUCCGGUUGGGGUUACACCACUCCCAUCGGGGGCAGGACAUCGGACACUCUGCGCAGCGUCCACCUCCCCAUCAUCUCCGUGUGGAAGUGCAACAGCUCCUCUUCGUACGCCGGAUACAUCACCAGGAACAUGAUCUGCGCCGGGUUCAACACUGGGGGGAAAGAUGCCUGCCAGGGUGAUUCUGGGGGGCCCUUAGUGUGUGAAGGGCGUGUUUUUGGGAUCGUUUCCUGGGGCCACAGCUGCGCCAGCCCCAGAUACCCAGGUGUCUACACGGCAGUCUCCAACUUCCAGAAAUGGAUUUACAAGACCAUCUUCAGGAAAUAA